AGAGAGAGAGAGAGAGAGAGAUAAAGCAAGAGAGAGAGAGAGAGUCCAUACGCAAGGCAGCAAACGUCAAGAGAAGACUGCCGAAGCGAAGCACCGCUGCUUCUUUCCUUGAGAGGAGAGCGGCAGAGAACCACAAGCUAUCUCCAUCUGUGCGUGAGCGUGCCUGCGCGAGGCUGUUUAUCACCGGUACACGCAUACGCUGGUGGAAUCCCAGCUGUGCUAGCAUUAGCUGAGGAUCUGUGCUGUGUCUUCCAAAAUGCUUAACAAUCUCACUGAGUGUGACGAAGGUGAUGGGGGACCCAACAGUCAGGGAGAUGCAGCGUCCAAGGAGAGCAGUCCUUUUAUCAACAGCAGCAUCAGUGAUGUGGAGAAAAGCCAGCAGUAUGAUGGGAAAAAUAUGGCCUUGUUUGAGGAGGAGAUGGACACCAGUCCCAUGGUUUCGUCUCUGCUGAGUAGCCUCGCCAACUACUCCAACCUGACACAGGGCAGUAAAGAACAUGAAGAGGCCGAAAACAACGAGGAAGCGCGCAAGAAAACUGUGCAGGCUCCACGUAUGGGCACCAUAAUGGGCGUUUACCUGCCAUGUAUGCAAAACAUUCUGGGUGUCAUCCUGUUCCUCAGGAUGACCUGGCUGGUGGGCGUCGGAGGUGUGCUGGGCACCUUCUUGAUCGUCUUCAUUUGUUGUUCUACGACUAUGCUGACUGCAAUCUCAAUGAGUGCAAUUGCCACCAAUGGAGUUGUGCCAGCCGGAGGAUCCUACUACAUGAUCUCUCGUUCACUCGGGCCCGAGUUUGGUGGGGCAGUUGGUAUAUGUUUCUACCUGGGUACCACUUUUGCUGGAGCCAUGUAUAUCCUGGGGUGCAUCGAAAUCCUGCUGAUCUACAUUGUGCCAGCAGCCGCUGUAUUCAAAAUGGAAGGUCUGGAGGGAGCCGAAGCCGAGGCAGCGUUGUUGAAUAACAUGCGUGUGUAUGGCACCAUCGUGCUCUCCUUCAUGGCUGUGGUUGUCUUCGUCGGUGUAAAGUAUGUCAACAAGUUGGCUCUUGUGUUUCUCGCUUGCGUCGUUCUCUCCAUUCUCGCUGUCUACGCAGGGGUCAUCAAGACAUCUUUUGACCCACCAGACUUUCCGGUCUGUUUGCUCGGCAACCGAACUCUCAUGUCAAAGUUCUUUGAUGUUUGUGCCAAGACUGUACAACAAGGAAAUGCAACAGUCACCACCAAACUCUGGAGGGUCUUUUGUGAUUCAGAGUUUCUGAAUGCCACCUGCGAUGAGUACUUUACCAACAAUAACAUCAGUCAGAUCCAGGGAAUACCUGGAGUCACCAGUGGAAUCAUGGCAGAAAACCUCUUUAGCACCUUCAUGGAAAAAAAUUCUUUCUUAGAGAAACAAGGUCUGCCAGCGGUGCUUGACCCUGACUCCACAAGAACCAACUCUAACCGAUAUGUCCUGGCAGAUAUAACCAGCUUCUUCACCCUGCUGGUUGGCAUCUACUUUCCCUCUGUCACAGGUAUCAUGGCUGGGUCCAACCGUUCUGGUGACCUGCAGGAUGCUCAGAAGUCAAUUCCUGUUGGUACCAUCCUGGCCAUCGCAACCACCUCCUUCAUCUACAUGUCUUCUGUGAUUUUGUUUGGAGCCUGUGUGGACGGAGUCGUUUUGAGGGACAAGUUUGGGGAAGGCGUCAAUGGUAACUUGGUUAUUGGUACCCUGGCAUGGCCCUCACCUUGGGUCAUUGUGUUUGGCUCCUUCUUCUCCACCUGUGGGGCGGGGCUUCAGAGUUUAACAGGAGCGCCCCGCCUCCUUCAAGCCAUCGCCCGAGAUGGAAUCAUUCCUUUUCUUAGGGUGUUUGGACAUGGCAAAGCUAACGGCGAGCCUACAUGGGCUCUCCUCUUGACGGCUUGUAUCUGUGAGAUCGGCAUCCUCAUUGCGUCCUUGGACGCCGUUGCACCCAUUCUCUCUAUGUUCUUUCUUAUGUGCUAUAUGUUUGUAAACCUGGCUUGUGCACUGCAGACUCUCCUCAGAACCCCUAACUGGAGGCCACGCUUCAAGUUUUACCACUGGGCUUUGUCACUCUUGGGUAUGAGUUUGUGUCUCACCCUGAUGUUCCUGUGCUCUUGGUAUUAUGCCAUUGUUGCCAUGGUGAUCGCUGGCUGCAUCUACAAAUAUAUCGAGUUCUGCGGGGCAGAGAAGGAGUGGGGUGAUGGGAUACGAGGCAUCUCUCUUAGUGCUGCCCGAUUUGCUCUUAUGCGACUGGAGGAAGGUCCACCUCACACCAAAAACUGGAGGCCACAGAUUUUGGUGCUUAUGGGCUUGGAUGGGGAACAGAACGUGGAGCAGCCUCGACUUCUGUCCUUGACCAAUCAACUGAAAGCAGGAAAAGGUUUGACCAUCGUUGGGGCUUGUGUGGAGGGCACCUACUUGAACAACCAACCUCUAGCACAGAAAGCAGACCAAUCUCUGAGGAAGCUGAUGGAUAGCGAGAAGGUGAAGGGAUUCAGUCAGGUGGUGAUUUCUUCCAACUUGCGAGAUGCCACCUCACACUUGAUCCAGGCAGGAGGUCUUGGUGGCCUUCGCCACAACGCAGUACUGAUCAGUUACCCCAAGAACUGGAAGCAGCCUGAGGAACAUCACAAGUGCAGGAACUUCAUUGAGGUGGUACGGGAGACCACUGCAGCAAGUUUAGCCCUGAUGGUGCCAAAGAACAUUGCUGCAUAUCCAUCAAAUGGCGAGCGUUUCACUGAGGGUCACAUUGAUGUGUGGUGGAUUGUUCACGAUGGAGGCAUGCUUAUGCUCCUACCCUUCCUUCUGCGCCAGCACAAGGUGUGGAGGAAGUGUAAGAUGCGCAUCUUCACCGUGGCCCAGAUGGAUGACAACAGCAUUCAGAUGAAGAAAGAUCUAAUGACGUUCCUCUAUCACCUCCGUCUCGAUGCUGAAGUGGAGGUGGUGGAAAUGCAUGACAGUGAUAUCUCAGCCUACACUUACGAAAAGACCCUGGUGAUGGAACAGCGAUCGAAAAUCCUCAAGGAGAUGCACCUCACCAAGAACGAGCGUGAGAGAGAGAUUCAAAGCAUCACAGAUGUUUCUCGUGGAUCUAUUCGGAGGAAGAACCCAUCGAACCUGCACGCGCAGAGGAGCAUCACUGAGGAAUCAGUGGCAGAAGGUGGCGAAGAGAAACCUGAGGAAGAGGUGCAACUCAUUCAGGGACAAAAUGCCACACCCACUCCCACUAGCCCCACCUCCCCAACCUCUCCCACCCCAGAGGCCAUAAGCCCCGGAGAGGAGCUUCAGAUGACCUGGACGGAUGAUACAGAGAAGAUCAAUAACCCAGCAGUGGUCGAUCCAGAAACUGUAAAGGACAUGUUUAACAUGAAACCUGAAUGGGAGAACUUGAAUCAGAUCAAUGUCAGACGCAUGCACCAUGCACAGAAGCUCAAUGAGGUCAUCGUGAAGAAGUCGCAAGAUGCUAAACUUGUCCUGCUGAACAUGCCUGGUCCACCUAGAAACCGCACUGGAGAAGAACACUCUCACCAGAACAACCAGACGAAACCCAUGGAGAACUCGUUGUACAAGAAUUAUUCGUUUUUUGCUGAUAUACAGGUGAUGAUAUUCAUCGGAUUUGGCUGCCUGCUGGCCUUUUUUCGACGGUAUGGUUUCGGUGGGAUGGUUUUUAACUUCCUGACUGCCACAUUUGCCAUUCAGUGGGCCAUUCUGAUGCAGGGAUUCUUUCAGUUUUAUCAUGAUGGGAAAAUUCACCUGGGAGUAAUGAAUUUGAUCAAUGCUGAGUUUGCCUGUGCUGUAGUGUUAAUCUCCUUUGGUGCAGUGCUGGGGAAGACGAGUCCUGUGCAGUUGCUGGUCAUGGCCAUGCUUGAGAUCCCUAUGUUUGCCGUCACAGAAUGGGCUGUGCUGAACUACUUGAGGAUCAAUGAUGCUGGCGGCUCGAUCCUCAUCCACCUGUUCGCAUGCUACUUUGGCCUGGGUGUCACCUUUGUGCUGUACAGACCCAGCUUAAAUGAUGGUCAUCCAAAAGAGGAGACAAGUUACCAGUCAGAUAUGUUAUCUGUGCUGGGCACACUGUUUCUUUGGGUGUUUUGGCCUUCCUUCAACUCAGCGUUGACCUUCAAGGGCGAUGACCAGCACAGAGCUGUACUUCACACGUUCAUAGGUCUCAGUGCCUCAACGAUCACCGCUUUCGCCCUGUCCACAAUACUCAGCAAGAAUGGCAAAAUCAGCAUGGUCGAUGUCCAGAAUGUAACAUUGGCCGGCGGGGUAACUGUUGGUGCUACUGUAGACAUGAUGAUCUCACCGGUUGCUGCUUACGUGCUGGGAAUACUGGGAUGCAUAGCGUGCAUGCUGGGAUACAAAUACCUGAGUCCAUUUAUGGCACGCCGGCUACGGGUGCAGGAUCAGUGUGGCAUACACAACUUACACGGCCUGACGGGACUCAUUUCCAGUUUGGCUGGCAUUUGUGCCAUCCUGCUGGCAAACGAGGAAACGUACGGCCCAAGUCUCUACCAGACCUUCGCACACAGGGCACCCAUGGAGGGAGACCCGCAGCUGGCAGAGCUACAGAAACUGAUCCCAGACCUGGAAGCAGGCUUGGGUCGGAGCGCACAUGAACAAGCUCUCUAUCAGCUAGCCGCAGUGUUCGGGACCAUUGGUGCAUCGAUUUUAGGGGGUGCCCUGACAGGUGUGAUUCUCAAGCUACCGUAUCUGGCUUCACCCGCAGAUGAGAACUGCUUUGACGAUGAACUCUUCUUUGAAGUUCCUGCAGAACACAAUCAGCAAUAUUUAUUUUCAAAUGUUCUCAAAGACACAAACAAAAAUGAUAUUGACUAAAGAAAACUGCACAUAGACUGAUGUUUGACAAGAGCAUUCAUACUUUACAAGAAAAAUAAUGAAUGUUGCAGGCCAUAAAACACUGUGGACUUCAAAUAUGAGUACUGUGUUUACAGAUAUAGACACAGAUAAUCUACAUUAACCCAUAAUAAAAUUAUGGACAAUUGUAUUUUUUGGCUGAUCAAGAUUUCUAUGUAUCAAAUACAGUUUAAAUAUAUGUAUAUUUCGAUGAAAAACAUUACAUCAAAAUAAUUGUAUGACCUGCUGAGUACUAAAGUUAAAACACAAAAAUAUAUGUAAAAUUUCAACAAUAUUAAAUCUACCUGUAUAUUAUCUUGAUGAAAGUUAAAGGUUAACAGACAUGAUAACUGCUUUGUCAGAGGAAUUUUACACUGUAAGUUCAUUUGUUUGUAGGGUAUUGCUUGGGUCAUGCCAUGUCUUAACAAUAUCUCUCUGUCAAUCUGUGUAUCUAGUUGUAUAUCUGGUCGUUCUGCCAAGUUUAGCUGUUAUUGCAUACAGUAAUAUUUGAUAAAAUGUCUUAUGUAAUGUAAGUGGAGGCAACUUUUGCAGCCAACUAAGGGCCCGAGUUUGGGUGCUGCAAAC